GGUCAAUAUAUAAACAAAACUUUGCAAAUCCAUCUUAAUCUAGUCCAUUUGUUCAAGACGUUCCAUUGUUUCGGGAUUAUUUUCAGUGUAAUUGUUUUUUUUUUGUAACAUUAAAAAAUGCAUUUGAAGAUAUCUCAUAUCCUUUUGUUGGCUACGGCAGUCUUAGCUUUAGCAGAAGAGAAACCCGAAACUAGUAAAACGGUUACCAAAGAAGAUAACAAAAAACAAGGCAAACGUGGCUUAUUCGGAUUAGGUUACGGAUUCGGUGAACACGAGGGUCUAUACGGAGGAUACGGACACGAAGGAUACGGACACGGAGGAUACGGACACGGAGGAUACGGACACGGUGGAUAUGGAGGAUAUGGCGGUUACGGUUACGACGGAUACGGUCUAGGAGGCUACGGACUAUUAGACGACCACCAUCACGGACACGUUAAACACGUCACCAUCACCAAAGAAGUCCCAGUCCCGGUACCUCAUCCAGUAGCCGUGCCAGUCGAAAAACACAUCCCAGUCCCAGUCAAAGUACCCAUCGCCGUGCCAGUCGACAGACCGUACCCAGUCCAUAUUCCAAAACCAUACCCAGUUCCAGUAGAAAAACACAUCCCAGUCCCAGUAGACAGACCAGUACCAUACCCAGUCAAAGUACCAGUUGCUCAUCCUUACCCAGUUCCAGUACCUAAACCAUACCCAGUAGCUAAACCAGUACCAGUACCUUAUCCUCAACCAGUAUAUGUAGAAAAACAUAUCCCAUUGGUUGUCAAGGAUCAUCAUCACGAUCAUCACGAUUUCCACGAUUUCGGCGGUUACCAUCAUGGUUUCGAUCACGGUUUCGCCAGCAGCUACGCUUAUCACCAUUAACGUACCAUUGAUUUUCUUAGAGAUAAUUUCAUGUACCAAAAACAAGUGUCAUAAUUGAACGUACUCGUAUUGCAAGUACCUUCAAAAUAAGACUAUGUAUCUCGCGACAAUUUUUCUCCCUUUGUGUGCUGCCUCUCUUUCCCUUUCCCCUUCUCUCUCUCUUUCUCUCUCUAUUUUCCUGUAAAAAUGACAAUUUUUUUACGCAAGUUUUAAGAAUAAUUUUGUAUAUAAUUGUAUGUGUAUUUUAUAUAGAAAAAAAAGUAUACCGUAAGUAAAUCAUU